UUGGACCUGUCAUCACCCUACUGAAAUUUGAAUCUAACUUGGAUGUGACAAUGAAAAUUGCUGUUUCCUCCAACAACACAAAAUGUGUCAACCUUGACGUCCAAGACACCCAUAUCAAGGUCAACGAAAUGAAAAUACAGUUAAUAGAGACUGUCACAGGAACUGUGCCUCUCCCCGUGCCUCUGCCCUUGAAUAAUAUCGUCCCAAUACUGCUGACAGCAGAAAUGAAUGAGAAUCUACAGAAAUCCAACUCCUGUGCCAUCGUCCUCAAGGACUUCAAUGACUGCAAGAAUGCUACCGGCUUAUUCAAGUACCAGGUUCAGAGUACCAGGAUCUCUUCCAAAGGACUUUCCAUUUUCUACUGUGUUGAAUUCAAUUUGGGAAAAAAACCAGUGCCUGUGCCUGGAGGUCGGCUGCCUCCAGAUCCCAAAAAUGCCACCAUUUCUGUAACUAUGUCCACCUCGAUGUUGAAGAUGCUUUUAAUAUAUGUAGCCAAGCAGAGCUCUGUCAAGAUGAAUGACCUGGGUGCCAACAUCACCAAAAUAGCCUAUGCCUUCCAGAAAGACAAACUCCUCGGAGUCACUUAUGAGGUUGAAAUAACAAAGGGCGGUGAGGACUUUGCCACUGGGAAAACGAAAUUGAUCAUCACUCAUAACAGCAAGAUUUCAAAAACUAAACUGACACCAGAUAUCAAAAUCAAGAGGUCUGAGAACACAGUGGAGCCCCCUGAGGCUAAGGAAGAGGUGGAAGUCAUUAUAAUUGAAGUCAUGAAGAAGGUCUGGUCUUCCUUCAAUGAAAUGUUUAAACAAAUGAAUGUUCCGGAAGGAGUGACUACAUUUGCCCUAAAGGAUGCCAAUGUCAGACCGCUGAAAUCGAAUCACCUUCAGGCAGCAAACUGAAGCCAGCGCUACCGAAGCCAGGCAAAGUACUGCAAGACAGUGACAGCCUCUGUGGAUCUUUUCCAUGCAACCUUGAAGCCCCAUCCUUCUGAUUAAGGAAACAAUAGCAGUAGUCCCCUCAGCAUGCUCAGGAUCCUCUGCCUUGAUUGACAAGGGAAAGAAGAACAGUUCGAGGUCACGGGCAUUGUUGUAAUAGCUCCUUAAUAAACACUCUCUGCACGCAAAAGUAAAA